GCGUUUUCUGUUCUUUUAUUUAAAUGUAGGAGUUAAGAAAGUCGAUUAUUAAAUAAGAAGAAUAGAAGAUGAGUAAUAAAUUAACUUUAUUGGAAUAAUCAGUUAAAUAUCCCUUAAAUGAGUUCAUGAAUUUAGAGUUUAUAAACUAAAUUCCAGAAGAUAGUUUCUUAUGGUACUUUGUGUGAUAUAAAUUUUAAAGGCAAGUUCUCUCCACUAUAUAUUUAGUUAGGAAAGGAGAAAAACCAUCAAAACAAGAGAUACGAGAACAUAAAUUAUAUGAAGAAAUAACAUUUCAUGAUUUUGUAAAUGAAUGUUUUUAAGCAAUCAUGUUUUUCCAUUUAUUUAUAAUGGAUUUGAAAUUGAAUUAAAGAAUCAUCACAGACUCAAUUUAAACUUUAGAAUAGUAAAUUAAAAUAUUGAAAGAUUUUAAAUAAAUAAAGUUUGAUUAACCAAAUAGACUUUCAAUAAGUUAUACAAGACAUAAGAGUUUAAAGACAGAUAUAUUUAAAUAUUACAAAAUCAAAUACAAAGUUGCUAUGAAUUAAUAGGAAUAGAAAUCAAUUUAUUCAUUUGGAGAUGAUUUAAUAUGUUCUUUUCCAAUAUUAUUAGAUAGUGAUACUUUACAUUUUGUGAUUUUGGGAAAGAAAAUAAAUGGAGGAGAUAAAUUUGAAGUUUUAAGUAGAAUUGAUAUGGGAUUAGAUGAAAUUCUAGUUUCAUUUGAUUUAAAAACAUAUUCAAAAGAAUAAAUAAAACCUUGUAUAUUAACUUUAGACUAUAGAGAUGAGUCAUCAGAUGCUUAAUUUGAUGGUAUAAAUCCAUUAGAAUUAAGGUAAUUAAAUAUUUAGAAUUUAGAUUUUAAUUAUCAAUGCCAUGUGAAUAACGAAUAUGGUUAAUGGAGGGUUUAUUAGAAAGAUAAAAAAAGGUAGAAGAUUAGUAUAGACAAUAAAUGCAAAUAAAGAAUAAUUCAAUUUAAUAAAUAAUUUAACCAUUUGAUGAUAUUGUUUAUAUUUAAGGAGAAGAUCUUAAACAUAGAAGCUAAACAGAAGAUAGAGAAUUUUGUUCUGCAUGCUCAAUAUUUUGA